AAGUCAACAACUAACAAAAUUCAUCUAGAAAAUGUGAUUCUGAAAAGUUAUUAUUAUGUGAAUGAGAUGCAGAAUUGGAAGUACGUAAUCGAUGGUGAAUGGAAGAAGCAUGACACUGACAUUAACAUUAACAUGCUUAUAUAAUAAUCUUACCCAUAAUUCCACCGCAUUUUCUACUCGUCCUUCUCUCCACAACCACAAACCCCUCUAUCAAUUCUUCUCCGGUAUUCUCAAACCUACAAUUCGAUCAUUUUCGACUACAAUUACUGCUUCCGGUAUAAGCAAAACCAUGGGGAGUGUCGAUUCUGAUUCCGUAACUUACCUCAAACAGCAAGAAGCCGCUGGGAUUGAUGAAACUCUAAUGGGUCCUCUUGGCUUCAGUGUCGACCAGCUCAUGGAAUUGGCUGGUUUGAGCGUUGCUACCUCCAUAUAUGAGGUUUACAAGCCGGGUGAGUAUAGUCGUGUUCUUACUGUAUGUGGUCCUGGUAACAAUGGUGGCGAUGGUCUGGUGGCUGCCCGUCACCUACAUCACUUUGGUUAUAAGCCCUUGGUCUGCUACCCAAAGCGUACCCCCAAGACUCUUUAUGCUGGGUUAGUUACUCAGCUUGAAGCACUGUCAAUCCCUUUCUUGUCGGUGGAAGAUCUACCGUCAGAUUUCUCUAAGGACUUUGACAUUUUAGUAGAUGCUAUGUUUGGAUUCUCAUUUCAUGGUUCUCCAAGGCCUCCCUUUGAUGAUUUGAUCCAAAGACUUGUUUCUUUAAGUAAUCAUAAUCAAAUUGGCCAAAAAAGACCCGUCAUAGUCUCUGUAGAUAUUCCCUCUGGGUGGCAUGUUGAAGAGGGAGAUGUUAAUGGUACAGGCAUUAAACCUGAUUUGUUGGUCUCUUUGACAGCACCAAAAUUAUGUGCAAAGAAGUUUGGCGGCCCUCACCACUUUUUAGGAGGUAGAUUUGUCCCACCUGCUAUUGCUGAAAAGUAUAAGCUUAUACUUCCACCAUAUCCUGGAACAUCCAUGUGUGUCCGAAUUGGAAAGCCUCCUCAAAUUGAUAUUUCAGCUCUACGAGAAAACUAUAUCUCUCCAGAAUUUCAUGAAGACCAGGUGGAGGCAGACCCCAAUAAUCAGUUUCGUAAAUGGUUUGAUGAUGCAUUGGCUGCGGGUUUGAAGGAACCAAAUGCUAUGGGCUUGUCAACUGUAGGGAAGGAUGGAAAACCCUCGUCACGGAUUGUAUUGCUAAAAGGCUUGGAAAAGGACGGAUUUGUGUGGUACACAAACUACGAAAGUCAAAAGGGACAUGAGUUAGCUGAAAAUCCACAUGCAUCACUUCUGUUUCAUUGGGAUGGUUUAAACCGGCAGGUACGUGUGCAAGGGUCUGUUCAAAAAGUUUCUGAUGAGGAAUCAGAGCAAUAUUUUCAUAGCCGCCCUAGAGGAAGUCAGAUUGGAGCCAUAGUCAGCAAGCAGAGUACUGUAGUGCCUGGUAGGCAUGUUCUUCAUCAGCAGUACAAAGAGCUGGAACAAAAAUAUGCUGAUGGAAGUUUGAUUCCUAAACCUAAAAACUGGGGAGGAUACAAGCUAGUGCCACAUCUUUUUGAAUUUUGGCAAGGACAAAAAUCUCGCUUGCAUGACAGGUUGCGAUAUGUUCCCCAAGAGAUCGAUGGACAUAAGGUGUGGAAGAUUGAGCGGUUGGCUCCCUGAUAAAUUUACCUAUUUUUAUUUUUUAUUAUAUCUCAACAUGUGAAAAAUCAGAGAGAUGAACUUGUUUGGAUAAACUGUCUUUUUUUUUUGUCGUCAAAUAUAUGUUGUUGUGUUAUUUCUAUUUUCAUUUAUACUCUGGUUUCUCGCGGGCUCUUCAUUUUGAGUAGAAUGUUUCAGAACAUGAGUUUGCGCUGCUGAAAAUAUGUAAAAAUUGUAUAUUUAUAUUUAUUUAAAUGAAAGGACAAACCAGUAAAAUAAUGGUGAAUAUUGAAAAA